AUGCACCAGGUAUAUAGCAUCCUCAUUAACCCCCUCAUUGCUUCGCUUGCCACGUCGGUUCUUUGGCUUAGUCCUCCAGACGUAAAAGAUAGCCGUGGCGAGAGAGAGAGCGAGAGGCAGCGAGGGAGCGCCGAGAACCUGAAUGUACGCGCGCAUUUCAAAACGCCUCCCCUGGCCAAUCAGCCAUCGAAAUGUGGCCAUGCUCGAAUGGGGGAAGGUGAGAGAACGCAAAAAGUGGCAAUGUCAACUCUGAACCAACAGCGCAAAGUGGUGGAACAGUUGCGUUUGGAGGCGGGACUCCACCGGCGUCCAGUAUCGGAGUGCAUUCGUGAUAUGAUCGGCUUUAUAGAGCAGUACCGAGAUAAGGACUGUCUAGUAAACGGCUUUGCCUCAAAGAAAGACAACCCAUUCCAGGAGAAAGGCGGCUGUCAAUUGCUCUAA